AUGGAUCGUCCCUAUCAGGAUGUCUACGAGAUCCCUGUGAAGUUGAUCAUCAACUCAAAAGAGGGACAGAUGAGUGUGGAGGUCCCCAGCCCUGAGCUGCCAGCGCAGUUGCAAUCAAAGAUCGCCGAAGCAGUGUUGGCGACCUGGAAGAAACAGCUCAAUAAGAAAGCAGCGCCGUGGGGAAUUGCCGCCACCUUUGAAUGGGUUGCAAGUAACUUUGCGAAGCUUUUGAUGCUGGACGCAGAGUGCCUGCACCCUUACGAGGGAUGUGAUGAGAAUGACUGCACCAUGAGGAGGUAUGCGAUUGGCCCUCCAGCAGUACAAGCAGCGGAAGAGGAGGACGACGAAGAUAGUGAGGAGGAAGAGGCCUCUGAAGAAGAGGAUGAUGCCGAAGCAAUAGCCACUGCCAUGGCUGGCCACUUUGGCUCUGUUUGUUUAGCAGUCGCCAUGGAUGUGAGCGAUGAGUAUGCGCUUUGGCAGAGUCUAGGUCAUUGGUCGGUGUACGCGGAGUGGUUUGUUGCCUUGCUCUUGGCUGCAGCCGUGGCGAGUGCGUGGCGUGGUGCUUGGCUGGUGCUCGACGCGACUCUGUGGCCGCAGAGACCCGCUGCCUCCGCAGCGCUGGGCCUCGGCUGGGGCGUGGUUCUCUUCGGGAUCUUGGGCUUCCUGCAGCCUUGCCUCGCUGCGGUGGCGAACCGUGUGCGCCACCGCCGGGUCUUGUGGCUGGUGGAUGCGGCAUACAGCUAUGCAGGCUUUUGGUGUUGCGUGCUGGUAUGGCGUGGCGCAUGGCAACUGUGGGAUGCUGCGCUGGGGUUCCUUCCAGAGUCCCACGAAACGGGUCCUGCCAACAUGCGGGGAGCAUGGAUGAGCCAUUGGGUUGGUGUGUUCGUGGUCCUUUGUGCUGGGGGAUUGAGAAGCCUCAAUGCUCCGCCCAUGCUGAUUUUGUCCGACACCCUGCCGCCCCUCUUUGGCGCGCGAGCGACCUGUGGCCUUCGCGGCUUCUCGCGGCCACUGGUACGCUGCCGCGAGCCGCCCCAGCUCAUGCCUUGCCAGAAGUGGCAUGAGGUCGUGGGGCUACCCUUCCAUUCUCAGGAGCCCAAGGGUUGUGAAGCGACGCCGGAGGCCAAUGCGAUGCAGGAGCGCCUGGCGGCCUUGUUAUUGGAAGUGGAACACCAUGGAGGCGAUGGACGGAAGAAGCUAUCUCCAGAAGAGAUUGAGCAGAAGAAGAAGGAAGCCGAAGAGCUUGGUGACAAGUUCCGGCAGCUCUCAAAGAAGGAGCGAAGUGAGAUAAACAAGACCCGCAAGGAACGCGCUGGGCAGCGCUUGGCCAAGACGGGGUCGAAGAGCCGGAAGUUCGAGGGGGAAGGUGCUACUUCCAAGGAGGACAAAAAGAAGAAGAACAAGGAGAACGUCAAAAAACGUUUUGGAUUGGCCUGA